CAUAGACAUUCACCAAUACUUCCUUUACGCAAUACGCAAGAUGAGUUCUAGGCCGGAGCUCAAGGUCGAUGAUGAAGUUGGCUUCAUCAAGUUCUUUCGCAAUUUAGCUGCCAAAAAUGAAGACACUGUCCGUAUCUUUGAUCGUGGCGACUUCUAUUCGGCUCACGGUGAAGAUGCUGUAUUUAUAGCCAGGACUGUCUAUCGAAGUACAUCUGUCCUGCGACAGCUCGGGCGCGAUCCAGGACUUGACUCGGUCACCCUUACUGUGACAGUAUACAAGAACUUUCUACGCGAAGCCCUUUUCAAACUUGGCAAAAGGGUUGAGGUAUGGGUCUCAUCAGGCCGCAUGAACUGGAAGAUUGGCAAGCAGGCAUCUCCCGGCAAUCUUCAGGACGUGGAAGACGACCUUGGUUCAAACCUCGAGACCGCACCCGUCAUUCUCGCCGUUAAGAUAAUGGCCAAAGCUUCUGAAGCACGCAGUGUGGGCGUCUGUUUUGCCGAUGCGAGUGUCAGAGAGCUAGGCGUGAGCGAAUUCUUGGACAACGAUCUCUAUUCAAAUUUCGAGUCGUUGCUCAUCCAGCUAGGUGUCAAAGAAUGUUUAGUGCAAUUAGAUCCUUCCGGGAAAGAUGUCGAACUCUCAAAACUGCGCCAAAUCGCGGAUUCGUGUGGUUGCGCGGUCUCAGAAAGAAGCUCGGGAGAUUUCGGCGUCAAAGAUAUCGAACAAGAUCUCAGUCGCUUGCUUCGAGACGGAAACAUGGCAGGAAGAUUGCCACAGACCGAUCUGAAGCUCGCCAUGGGUUCAGCUGCAGCUUUGAUUAAAUAUCUCGGGAUCAUGACUGAUUCAUCGAACUUUGGACAAUACCAACUGUAUCAACAUGAUCUAGCGCAGUACAUGAAGCUUGACGCUGCGGCAUUGAAGGCCUUGAAUCUUAUGCCAGGUCCAAGAGAUGGACACAAGACGAUGAGUUUAUUCGGACUGUUGAACCACUGCAAGACACCCGUUGGAAGCCGACUGCUUGCCCAGUGGCUCAAGCAGCCAUUAAUGAGCAAAGUCGAGAUCGAGAAACGACAGCAGCUAGUUGAAGCCUUCGUUACAGAUACGGAACUUCGACAGACAAUGCAAGAAGAGCAUCUUAAGUCUAUACCUGAUCUGUACAGGCUUGCAAAGAAGUUCCAACGCAAGAAAGCAAACCUCGAAGAUGUAGUGCGGGCCUAUCAGGUUGCUAUUAGGUUGCCUGGCUUUCUGGGCACCCUGGACGCGGUAAUGGAUGAACAAUAUAAGGAUGCACUGGACGCAGAGUACACUUCAAAGCUUCGGGAAUACUCGACCGCCAUGGGCAAAUUGUGCGAGAUGGUUGAGACAACAGUAGACCUGGAUGCACUCGACAAUCACGAAUUCAUCAUUAAAUCUGAGUUUGACGAAUCUCUGAAAUUGCUGCGAAGGCGAAUUGACAAAUGCAGGGCGGAGAUUGAGAAGGAGCACCGGCGGGUUGGCAAGGACCUAGAUCAAGACAUCGAGAAAAAACUUAUGCUUGAGAACCACCGUGUUCAUGGCUGGUGCCUAAGACUUACCAGACAGGAAUCGUCAUCGAUUAGAAACAAGAAGGGCUACCAAGAGAUAAGCACACAGAAGAACGGCGUGUAUUUCACAACCAGCAAUCUACAGAAUUUGCGACGCGAAUUUGACCAGCUCAGCGAAACCUACAAUCGCACACAAUCUGGUCUUGUCAGUGAAGUUGUCGACGUAGCUUCAUCAUACACUCCCGUCUUUGAGAAGCUGGCUGGCGUCCUUGCUCAUCUGGAUGUUAUCGUCUCCUUCGCACAUGUAUCGGUACAUGCUCCGUCCGCGUACGUCCGGCCAACUAUUCACGAGAGGGGUACCGGAAAUACUAUUCUUAAGGAAGCACGGCAUCCAUGUAUGGAGAUGCAGGAUGAUAUCUCGUUCAUCACAAACGACGUAUCUCUUGUUCGUGGUCAGUCCGAAUUCCUGAUCAUUACAGGCCCUAACAUGGGGGGUAAAUCAACCUAUAUACGACAAAUCGGCGUGAUUGCAUUGCUUGCCCAAAUCGGCUGCUUUGUUCCUUGCUCUGAAGCAGAACUUUCAAUCUUCGACAGCAUACUUGCUCGUGUCGGUGCUUCCGACUCCCAACUGAAGGGUGUAUCAACCUUCAUGGCAGAGAUGCUUGAAACGGCAAAUAUUCUUAAAUCAGCUACUCGAGAAAGUUUGAUCAUUAUUGAUGAGCUUGGCCGUGGCACAAGCACCUACGACGGCUUUGGUCUCGCAUGGGCUAUAUCAGAACACAUAAUUCGCGAAAUUGGUGCGCUGGCACUCUUUGCAACACACUUCCACGAACUCACCGCACUCGCCGACACGUAUCCGCAGGUCAAAAACUUACAUGUCGUUGCACAUAUUGAUGGAGAGCGCGACAAGCGGGCUGUUACGCUACUCUACAAAGUUGAACCUGGAGUAUGCGAUCAAUCAUUUGGUAUUCAUGUUGCGGAGCUGGUCCGUUUCCCGGAGAAAGUGGUCAAUAUGGCGAAGCGCAAGGCUGAUGAGCUGGAGGACUUUAGUGGAAAACAUGAGAUUAGGAGCAUGGAUGCUAGUAAAGAGGACGUAGAGAAGGGGAGUGCCAUGCUUAAGGCGCUACUGGUGGAUUGGAAAAAAGAGACCGAUGGAAAAGGAUUAAGUAAGGAAGAGCAGAUCUUGAAGAUGAAGGAGUUGGUGAAAGCGAACAAAGAUUUGCUUGCCAACCCUUUUUUUCAAUCUGUCACUGCUUUGUAAGGUGUCAUAAGAGCAAUACAGCGUGACUCACGCGUACAUGUUCGCAGGAAUUAUUCGUCGCCUCAGAAGGCGUGUCCGGAAUUGUAACGAUAGCUGGAUCGAAAGGGAUACAUCACUAGUCAUAUGGCAUGUUGAACCUUGUUUACAAUAGCAUGAGCUCUAACUUUAGAUAGCUCAUGUCCGAAUUAUUUAGCUGGAACCGU